CGUGGCGGACGCGUGCAGGGAGCGGAUGCACGAGCUCGUCGCGGAGGAGAUGGGCGCGGGGGCGGCGCCGCGCGAGCCGGCGUCUUGGACAGGCGCCAUGGAGCGGAGUUUUGCCAGGAUGGAUGCCGAGGUGAUUGCCGGCUGCCGAGCCGAGAGCGGCAGCUGCCGGUGCAAGGGGUGGAAGUGCGACCACAUGGGGUCCACCACGGUGGUGGCCAUCGUGGAGGAGAGCCACGUCAUCGUCGCCAACUGCGGGGACUCCAGCGUCAUGCUCCGCCGCGACGGCGCGCCCGUGCCGGAGGUGACGGUGACCGAUAGGUCGGACGGCAAUGAGUGCCUCAUCCUCGCCAGCGACGGCCUCUAGGACGUCAUCAGCAAU